UUCUAAGCCAAAGCAAUGGGAUCAUAUUUCUGGAGACUACCAAUAGAACACAGCCAUCCGACUUAGUACUUUGUGCCUUGGAGUCAGCUGCUCUUGUAUAUCCUGAGAGGCCCAUAGUUUUCUUUAUGAAAGGUUUGCCCGACAUAAAUUCAGAAGAUGAUGAGAACAGAAUACGGAAUGGGUUCCCAACACUUUCAUCUUUUAAGAAUAUCUACUUCUUCCCUUUGAAAUUAGAAGAAGUGUUCAAAGACACACCCCUUCACUCCUGGUAUCAGAAGAUUGAUCCUAAAAAGGAGAAUUACUGGACCCACGUGAGCGCAGAUGGCUGCAGGGUGGCUCUGAUUUGGAAACAUGGCGGCAUUUAUAUGGACUCAGAUUUUGUCUCUCUUCGACCCAUUCCAUAUAGAAGCUUUUUGGCCGCCAAGUCUUCUGAGCUAUCUAGUAAUGGAAUUUUUGGACUACCUCCCCAUCAUAAUUUUGCCUGGAACUGCAUGGAAGACUUUGUGCAAAAUUACAAUGGACCAGUUUGGGGACAUCAAGGCCCACAACUCUUCUCUCGUGUUCUGAGGAAAUUCUGUGAUCCUCAAAUUAAGGGGGAAGAAGAUAUCAUGUGUGGAAAUAUUUCUUUCUUAAACAGACAACACUUCUAUCCCAUUCCAUAUCCUUCUUGGGAGAGAUACUAUCAGAUGCUUACUCUUCAAGAAUAACGGUGGAAACAGCCCGUCAAUAAUAUCCAACACUCCUUCUUCAGCAUGGACCCCAUUUGUAGAGUGGCAACGAAGAGUUUCCAAAUAAAACAAAUGCAGGGGUCACCACCUGUCUCCGCAAACAUCCCAGAGGAAUACUUAGUAUGUAGUGUGAAUUAUUGUUUCGUGUCAAGUACGAAGCAAUACAAGCAAUAGUGCAGAUGGACGAUGACAUCGGUGAGAAGUAAUCAAAAUAAUAAAAAAAUAGAAGUAAAAAAAGGAGUCACUGAAUAUGUUCCCUAGCCCCAAAAAGGAAGAAAAUAGAAUUAGAAAAUA